AAAGAAUGUCAUCUAAAAACUAUAAGUUAAGACAUUAGAAAAUUCCAAAUACAACAAGAUAUUAAGAUGAUCAUUUACCAAUCAAUAAUAAAUAUUUUGUUCGAUUGACAUAAGAAUCAACUAGAGUUUAAGAUUUAAUUGAAAAGGACAAAUAAAUCCCACAUGUAUCAAUGAUUGAUAGAUUUUGGGGUUAUAAAACAUAAAGAUUACAUGAACAUGAACCUGUUGUACAUUAAGAAGAAAAACACGUUUAGUUGCCUUUGGAAGUUAUUCCUUAAGAAUAAAAAUAAGAGAUUUUACCUUAAAUUGAAUAAAAAACUGAAAGCUAAUUGAAGAAAACCAUUAGCUUAAAACAAUUUAAGGAAAGCUUGCUUUAUGAUGAAAGAACGAGUUCAAUACCUAAAACUACAAUUUAGAAUCAUAUAAUUGAAGAUUUAAUAAGAGAUAGCAAUGUUUUCUUAAAGAAGCCUGAAUUGUUAGAUUAAGUACAAAGUUUGAAGAGAUUAAAAGUAUUAAAGAAGUAUGAAGCUAAUCAGUAAUAAUAUUAUUUUCAUAUAUAGUUAAAAUUUACCUGGUGUUGGUAAAUUACCAUAUAUAAUCAAUGAUUAUCAUUCGAAGAGUACAAAUCCAGGAUACUCAAGAAAUAACAAAGGAAAUUUUUUUACAAGAUGAAGAAAUAUAAAGAUAUUUUUAAAUUAAAAAUUAAAUUACAU